UAGAGAAACAGAAAACAAAGCCAAAAAAAAAAAAAAAAAACUUGAGCUAACUUCAACCUUCUUUUACUGGAAACCAUGAAGCCAAGUGAUGGCUCAGGGCUUUAUUACCUCGUCCCUCCGAGCCCGUCUCCUCAUUCGGCUUAUUUCAGCACAAUAAACAACAUGCAAGACUUUCACUUAAACCAGUAUCUGAACCCUUCAUGUAAUUUCAGCAUCCACCCCCAGGUUCAGGAACUCAAUCUCCAGUCCCCAUGUUUCAGCAACAACUCAACCUCGGAUGAAGCAGAUGAGCAGCAAGUGAGCAUCAUCAUCAACGAGAGAAAGCAGAGACGUAUGAUAUCUAACAGAGAAUCAGCAAGAAGGUCAAGAAUGCGCAAGCAAAGACACCUAGAUGAACUCCUCUCACAGGUGGCUUGGCUCAGGAAAGAGAAUCAUCAGCUUAUAGAUAAACUGAACCAGGUCUCAGAAAGCCAUGACCGUGUCCUGCAAGAGAACACACAGCUUAAAGAAGAGACCUCAGAGCUCCGCCAACUCGUCUCAACCAUGAAGCUGAGAAGCCAAUAUUCUUACUUUGAAGACUUCCCCUCCAAUUAGUCCAUCGCCAGUUUUAUUCAGCAGAGAGGCAUUACUCAAGUUUUCUACGUAUUGAAUCUGUCAUUUUUUUAAUGUUUUGUGUCAGAGCAAACCGUCUACUGUUUUGUUCUGUCUGCUUGCCUUACUCUCUUUCUGUGUCAUGUACACCACAGGAGUAUGAGACACAUAUAAGACAUGCUCAUAUGCCUUUUAGUUGUCCGAACAAAAGGUGAUCACCUGAUAUCAA